GACCAUGGUUGAGAGGACCAGCAAGUUCUUGCUGAUCGUGGCCGUCUCGGUGUGCUUCAUGCUUAUCCUGUACCAGUACGUGGGGCCGGGGCUGAGCCUGGGUUCCCCCAGCGGCCGCUCCUACUCGGAGGAGCUGGACCUCUUUCCCACGCCGGACCCGCACUACGUGAAGAAGUACUACUUCCCCGUGCGGGAGCUGGAGCGGGAGCUCGCCUUCGACAUGAAGGGCGAGGACGUGAUCGUCUUCCUGCACAUCCAGAAGACGGGCGGCACCACCUUCGGCCGCCACCUGGUGCAAAACGUGCGGCUGGAGGUGCCCUGCGACUGCCGGCCCGGGCAGAAGAAGUGCACCUGCUACCGCCCCAACCGCCGGGAGACCUGGCUCUUCUCCCGCUUCUCCACCGGCUGGAGCUGCGGGCUGCACGCCGACUGGACCGAGCUCACCAGCUGCGUGCCCGCCGCCAUGGAGCGUCGCGGCUGCGCCGGCAACCGCACCCUCAGGAACUUCUAUUACAUCACAAUGCUGAGGGAUCCAGUGUCACGGUACUUGAGUGAAUGGAAGCAUGUCCAGAGGGGUGCAACAUGGAAAACUUCCCUUCAUAUGUGCGAUGGAAGAAGCCCAACACCAGAUGAACUGCCUACCUGUUACGAAGGAGACGACUGGUCUGGAGUCAGCUUGCAGGAAUUCAUGGACUGCAGCUACAACUUGGCCAACAACCGUCAGGUGCGCAUGCUGGCAGACCUCAGCCUGGUGGGAUGCUACAACUUGACUUUUAUGAAUGAGAGUGAAAGAAAUAUGAUUCUUCUCCAAAGCGCCAAGAACAAUCUGAAAAAUAUGGCCUUCUUCGGACUCACAGAAUUUCAGAGGAAAACGCAGUAUCUCUUUGAGAGGACAUUCAACCUGAAAUUCAUUUCCCCAUUCACCCAAUUCAAUGUUACACGGGCCUCCAAUGUGGACAUUGGUGAGGAUGUGCGGCAACGGAUAGAGGAGCUGAAUUUCUUGGAUGUGCAGCUGUAUGAAUACGCGAGGGACCUGUUCCUACAGCGCUUCCAGUACUCCAAGCAAGAGGAACAUCAGAAGAACCGGUUAAAGAGGAGAGAGGAGCGGCGGCUGCUGCGGGAGCAGAGAGCUCACCAGUGGCCAAGGGAAGAGGCAGCAGAAGUAGCUGUUACUGAAGAUUAUAAUAGUCAGGUUGCAAGGUGGUGAUGUUCCUUCGUCUUGACUAACUGAUGAGAGGAUCAGAGAGUUUGUGCAAUUUGACUACCUGGGAAUUAGCCAAGGAAGGCCUACUGCUUUGGUAAAUGAGACCACAUCUAACAACUACCCCUCCUUCUCUGAGUUUUUCCUGGUUUCUGCCAGUGAGGAGAAUGUAUUUUUUUCUCAAUAGGCAUUGAUUAGUGUUACUAAAUGGCAGUAGAAUAGAUUGCUGUCCAAAAAGACUUUCGUCAAAGCGCUAAGCUAUGAAGAUGGGUUGAAGAGUGAUCUAUAUAUAUCCUUUGCAUUAACAAAUGUACCCUAUACAACCGAGCUACCAAAACUUGUGCAAACAUGAAUGAAAAAUCAGGAAAAAAACCCUGGUUUGGUUUCUCUGUGGCAUGAGAGCUGGUUUACUUCAUACUGUCUUUUGCAACUGUAGUGCAUAGCUUUCUAGUGAAUGAAAUGGAGGAAAGCACAUUGCCCUUCAAACUUCUACGUGCCGUGUUUUGAUUAAGGGAAGAAUUUCCUGAGGUGAUUAAAAAAGACUUAGGAAAUGUAGCUUUGGAGCAUCACUUGUUCUCUUCUACUAGCCAGCAAUCAGAGGUGAUUUAUAAAUGAAGUGAUGAAGGGGUUAGCUUAUUUCUCUGCAGAUGUUGAGAGUACUGAACCCAGACAGGUAGCAGCCAUCUUGCUGAGUGCGUGUGGCAAAGGGAAAGCCUUGAGAAAUGAGGUCCACGGCAGCAGCUGGGCACAUGUCGUGGAGAUUAUCUGGCUGGAGGCAAUAAAAUCAGCCUUCACAUUCACAAAAAGGUGAAGAGGGGCCAAGUAAACUUAUGGGGAAGAGGAAAGAGAGCAGGAAAAGCUUAAAUAUUAGUGUGACAUUUUCCAGAUUUGCUGUAAAAGCCUGGAGAUAUAUUGUCUGUGAAGGUAGGCAGGUUUAUGAUAUUGUCUGUUAAAAUACAUUGAUGCCAAGUGAAUACAAUUUAAAUUGGUUUUCUCUUUAACCACAGUAGUGUCUAGAAAAAAAAUCAGCAUUCAUUUUUAUAGGAUACAUAAUGGAUAUGUGGAAAGCCUUGAUAUUUAUUAUUCUGUAUGAAGAUUCUUUGUAAAUUUAUUGUUUUCAUGAUGAGAGAUCUGUAUCUGUUUUUCUUCCUUGUCUAGAAAAAGAUUCAAUUCUUCCUCUACAUACUACAUUCUUGUGGCUAAACUGCAUCUAUUUAUUCCAAGAUUUUAUGUUGUUCCAUUCGUAAUAGUGAAAUUUUAAAAAGAGGGUCCUGUGCACCAUAGAUCUUUUGAAAGAGUUUUUUUCCUUCUUCUUCUUCUAGAAUAAAUGUAAAGCAUUAGGAGGAAAUUUCUCUAAGUGCCUCAACAUGGCUGCUAAAUCGAGAUGCUGAAAGUAUAUUAUUGCAUGCAUGAAUGGCUUUUACCUUACAGAUUUGCUAAUUAGAAAUACCAGAGUACCUGAUGUGGAUGCACAUUUCUCAUUUAUUUUCAAAAUUCAAGGGUUUUAUCCAGUUGAUUUAAAAAAAAAAAAAAAAAAAGAG